AUGUCUUCAAGUCAGCCUACAAAGUCUAUAGCUGGAGUUGAGGUGAUUGAUACGCUCCUCGUUCAAGCUGCCCAAGACUUCGCUCGCGAACACUUGGAGGACUUUGCAUAUAAUCAUGUUAUGCGCUCGUGGAUCUUUGGUAUCAUCAUAUACACACGUCUCAGAGAGAGAGGAGAGUUUCCGGCUAUCGACCUGGAGGCUCAUGCAGUCAGCGCCAUCCUUCAUGAUAUGGGCUGGGACAAAAGCGGCAAACUGGUUUCUGUGGAUAAGCGCUUUGAAGUUGAUGGGGCCAUAGUCGCCCGAAACUUUAUAGAGGAGCAGCAGAAAUCCGGAAAGACAGCGGACUGGGACGACCGUAGGCUGCAACUUGUAUGGGAUGCUGUUGCUCUGCAUACAACGCCUGCAAUUGCGGCGUACAAAGAACCUGUAGUGAGGAUCUGCAGCUUCGGAACUGGUGCAGACUUUCAUGGGCCAGACAGUGAUUCCACAAGGACAAUCACAUGGGAGGAUUUCUAUGCCUUGAACAAUGUGUUUCCUCGUCAUGAUCUGGCGGGCGGGAUCCGUAAUGUUAUGUGUGGCCUAUGUAGGACCAAGCCUGCAACUACAUAUGGCCUCGACACGACGAUCGCCGCCGACGUUCAAGCUUCGGUCUAUGAAACCCUCGGGGACAUUCAAAAUCUUGCGUGGGUUGGGGUCGGCUUUCCCAUGGCUUCGGUAGCCGUUAUCCUCCUCCAGGGUCGCGCCUACGGUCUAUUUGACGUCAAACCAUUGAUGAUCUCCUCAAUUGUAAUUUUCGAAGCCGGCAGUGCUUUAUGCGGCGCAGCUCCGACGUCGGAUGCCUUGAUUGUCGGUCGAGUGAUCGCUGGAAUUGGUGGAUCGGGAAUGUACUUGGGGGCCCUUACAUACAUAUCUAUCUUCUCGACGAAGAGAGAAGCACCGCUGUACAAUGCUCUCAUAGGGCUCUUUUGGGGAAUUGGGGCAAUCCUUGGGCCUGUAAUUGGCGGCGCAUUUUCGGCUAGCGCGGCCACAUGGCGAUGGGCCUUUUACAUAAACCUUCCUCUCGCGGCCCUAUUCGCUCCUAUCUACUUCUUCGUCUUUCCGUCGUUUCAGAGAAAGAAUCUUUUGCUUGUUGAAAAGCUGCAAGAGAUCGAUUGGAUCGGUGCGGUUCUUAAUGGGGGGGUUUUUGUCCUGUUUAUGAUCGUUGUCACCUUCGGCGGUUCGACGUUCCAGUGGAAUUCUGGAUCUGCAAUUGGGCUCUGGGUCGCUUGGGGAACUUGCCUCCUUGUCUACGUCUUACAGCAGUACCUUAGCACCUUGACGACACCGGAGCGACGCAUCUUCCCUUUGCAUUUUCUUAAGUCUCGAGUCCUUGUGCUGCUAUAUAUUACAACAGCAGCCGUCGCGGCUGCUAACAGCAUCGCUCUUUACUACAUUCCCUUGUUCUUCCAGUUUACAAGAGGCGAUACGGCCCUUCAAGCCGCUGUCCGCCUCCUGCCCCUAAUCAUCGUCUUUAUAUUCUGCAUUAUGCUCGGGGGAGCUCUCCUUCCUAUUACUGGACUAUAUGGCAUUUUCUAUAUCAUCGGCGGAGCUUUCGUUAUUGUUGGCGGUGCUCUUAUGUUUACGAUAGAUGCUGGAACGAGCACUGCGAAGAUAUACGGAUAUGAAGUGUUGCUUGCCAUCGGGACCGGUCUGCCUUUCCAAAGCGCCUAUGCCGUCGCUGCUAGCAAGGUCCGUGUGGGGGACCGGGCCAAUGCCAUCGGCUUCAUCAAUGUGGCGCAGAUCGGGAGUAUCGCCAUCUCGCUCGCCAUUGCCGGGUCACUCUUCCAGAAUCUCGGCUUUGAUCUGCUCAAGACGGCCUUUGCAGACUAUAGCUUUUCUGACGACUUUAUUCGAUCAGCUUUGUCGGGGACCGCAUCGCCUAUAUUCUCCUCCGCUGAUCCCGACGUAGUCGCACUCGCAGUUUCGAGUGUGGCCGAAACAAUAAGACGCAUUUUUGGGGCUACCAUAGCCGCCGGCGCUGUAUUGUUAAUCGGCGGUGUUCAUAUGCCGUGGGAGAAGCUUGAUCUAGAAGUUGUUGCUGGGUAG